AUGAAGGCGCUCUCUCCGGUGCAAACACGAAUGCAACAGCGAUUGUCAUCCUGCUCGCAUGUAUUCCUACGAGUUGAUUCAGUACAACAACCUUACGAAGGACCAUUUCGUGUCAUUUCAUGUCACGAUAAGACCUUCAAGGUUGAGGGACAUGGCCGCGUUGAUACGAUUAGCAUAGAUCUUCUUAAAGCAGAACAUGUUGAUGAAAACAUUUUCCACGCUAACACUAAAUUUUCUGCUAAUCCCUCCAAACCUCUGAUCGAGACACCAGUCUCACGUUCAGGCGCACGUUAUUCUCCCGCUACAUUAGCUUUAGACGAAGCACCAGCUUCACGCCUUAGAUGGCAGACUCCACAGCUUGUCGCGACUCCGCAUGAGGUUCCAUUCUCACAUUUGAGUAGGCAACCACCACCUCUUGCCACGGUUUUAGAUGACGCACUCGCUCCGCAUUCAGGCCGGCAGCCUCGCGCAACGGUCACGACUUCGGACGUGACCCCGGUUUCAUGUCCAAGUCAACCAGAUGCAACUUUAUCUCGACCAUUGAACGAGACUUCCGUCUCACGUUCUGAUCGCAGAAUCGUUUUGCCGGCACGUUUUUGGACGUAG